AUGACCGAUAGGCAGCUCAUGCGUUUCUACGAAUUGCUAGAUGAGGGACUAUUGAACGAGAUUCGAGCGACACUGCAUGCCAUAGCAUUUCAGCAGGCGGUAGCAGAACGCGCUCAGCAAGACAAAUUUCCCGGCGAUCACUGCACAGAUCAAACAAACAUUGGCUCCUUUAUCAACGGCUCCAUGACACGACCAACCGAGAAACCCCGGGCCCGGCAGUGUUCGGAAGGUACUGGCUGGCCCAACAAUUACCCCGAUAACAUAUUUGCUGCUUUAGACCGAGUUAUGCUGCAGCUUCAGGUAGAUCUUCUCGUCUCUCCCGUUGAGGACAUCUUCCCCGGAAGGCACCUGCAUGGUCUGCCGCAUCUUGAUUCCAAUAUUGGGCUCUUGUAUGAAAAGACAAUAUAG